UUGGCGCAAAAAAUAAAUCACCCACAGCUGCAAUUUUUGACCUUGGAGGUGGCUCAACUCAAAUAGUUUUUGAGCCUGGAUCACUAGAUGAACACAGAUAUGAAUUAGAAUAUGGUGGACAUAAAUAUAUUUUAUAUCAACAUUCUUAUUUACAUUUUGGAUUAAUGGAGGCAAGAAAAGCAAUUAUAAGUUUCAUGGUAAAAUUAUGGAAUAAUAGUAUUGAUGGCAUCAAGAAUGAUUUGAUUUCUGAUAUAUCUCUUAGUUAUGAUGGAAAUCUUAAAGAUGAACGUCAUAUUCCACAUCCUUGCUUACCAAAAAAUUAUUCAGAAUCAUGGCAAAUUGAUAUUGAUAAUGAUGAUGACAAUUCAGUUAAACUCAUUGGUACAGGUGGUGGACAUGUUCAGUGUAGGUUCAUAGUAGAACAAAUACUCAACAAACAUAAAGAAUGUCCAUUAUUCCCAUGUGCCUUUGAUGGUGUAUAUCAGCCAUCUCUUACUGAUACAUUUUCAACACAUGAUAUUUAUGCUUUUUCAUAUUUUUAUGAUCGUGUAAGCCCAUUAGGAAUGCCAUCAGAAUUUACAUUAAAAGAACUUCGUGAUCUUACUGAUCAAGUUUGUUCAGGAAAUUAUAAAAGAUUCUCUUAUUUACCAGAAGCUGUAAAGGAACUUAAAAAGAAUCCAUAUUAUUGCAUGGACUUAUCAUUUAUUUAUGAACUUUUACAUACUGGUUAUGAAAUACCUCUGGAAAGAGAAAUAAAA